UUCCUCUGCUUGCUCCGCCGUCAUUUGUGGUUCCACCGCCGCCUCCGCCCCCGAUCUCUUAUAGACCUGUGCCUGCCAUAUCCCGCUGCGUCACCUGUUCCGGAUCGGUUACCCGAGUCGUGUCGCAAUCAGAAAGGCCGGGCGGUUCGUUGAUUGACGGCAAGCGUGAGCUUUGUCCUGAUCCUAGCCGACAAUCCACCGCGCGACCAACCUGCGACGGGACCAUCUGUGCGCUGGCCUGCAUAGCGGGGACGCCCAUCGCCCACCGACGACGACGACGACGAGCAGGCCGACACCAGACUGGGCGGCAGCGGAAGGCGGCGCUGAGCUGAGGCAGAUUCGUGCCCAAAAGCUGCCCGUUUCGCGGUUACAGCACUGUCUGUACCUGGUCGGCGCAGGCGCUAAGCACGUUGCAACUCACGCGCAGUCAACCGCCGCGCUGCAUUGCGAUCGUUCGCUGGCCGCUUGCACAGUCAGAUGGACCUCGCCUCGCCGGCGAGCACGCAACACCACUCGGCCUCUGCCUCCUCCACCACCGCCCACACCCCGACCGAGUCCACGCAGCGAUAUGAUAGCCAGAUAGCCGCGCCGCCCUCUUCAGCGAGCAGCAGCCUGCCCGUGCAGCAACCGCCGACGCAGCAGCAACAACAGCCGCACUUCGUGCCCUCAACACCCUCGGCCAAGCAGCAAAAGUACGAAGCCUACCACCAGUCGUCGCCGUCCAUCGCCUCGCGGGCGGCGUCGAUGAGCAUUUCCACGCCCAACUCGCAAGAAGCAGCAACCCGCCAGCGCAACGCGACCGCCAUGGACUACAAUGGCAGCCAGAUGGACGUGGACAUGGACGCGGACCCGUUCAACCAACAAAAAUACUCUCGCCCGCCCGCCACGAGCAGAUUGUCCUCGCAGUACCUACCGACACACGCUCAGGACGAUGGUAGCAACCGCGCACGGUACUCGCCAAUGAACACUUCACCCACCACAUAUACGAGUCCGCCGCAACAGCAGAACCUCAGCGCCAAUCCGACGCAGUAUACGUCAUACACACCGCAGCAAUCGGCGCGCCAGUCUCCUAACAGGCAGAGUCAGUACGCAUCUCCGACACAGCAAGGGAGGUACUACGCCUCUCCUCCCGCGUCAGCGCGCGCACACACAAAUCAGCUGCCUCCGCUGCAGUCGACGUUGCAGACGCCCGCAUCAUACUACCCCCAGUCUGCAACGCAACAGCUGAAUGCUGUUUUUGGACAAGAGGCUCCCGAGCCUGAGAAGAGGCCAUCGCAAUCUGCGCACGGCAAGAAUGUGGUGCCUCAGUUUUCUCGAGUCUACAACGCGUCCGAUUUGAGCGCGCAGGUCAACACGCAACCACCCUUCAGGAGAGCGAAUCCAGAAGGUGGCUUCAUUAGUCCACUGCAGGCACUCACCACACAUCUCCCGGCCACGUAUCGAAUAUGCAAUCCCGCCUUCCAAUACGAGUCUUCGCGGAACCCACGGAGAGUGCUGACAAAGCCAAGCAAAGGUGUUAAGAAUGAUGGGUACGAUAAUGAGGACAGUGACUACAUCUUGUACGUCAACGAUAUUUUGGGGUCAGAAGAGACGAACCACAAGAACAGGUACCUGAUAUUGGACGUGCUGGGGCAAGGUACUUUUGGACAAGUCGUAAAAUGUCAGAACUUGAAGACACAAGAAGUGGUGGCCGUCAAGGUGGUGAAGAACAAGACAGCGUACUUCAAUCAAAGCAUGAUGGAGGUAUCUGUACUGGAUCUGCUGAACGGAAGGAUGGACAAGAAUGACGAUCACCACAUUCUGCGGCUGAAGGACACCUUUAUUCACAGGCAGCAUUUGUGCUUGGUGUUCGAACUGCUGUCUGUGAAUCUGUACGAGCUGAUCAAGCAGAAUCAGUUCCGGGGCUUGAGCACAACAUUGGUCAGAGUGUUCGCUCAGCAAUUACUGAACGGGCUGUGUCUGCUGAGCAAGGCUAAGCUGAUACAUUGUGAUCUGAAACCGGAGAACAUUCUGCUGAAGAACCUAGAGAGCCCCAUCAUCAAGAUCAUCGACUUCGGUUCCGCAUGCGAUGAGCGACAAACCGUGUACACCUACAUUCAGUCCCGAUUCUAUCGAUCUCCGGAAGUGCUUCUCGGACUGCCAUAUUCAGCGGCCAUUGACAUGUGGUCACUCGGCUGUAUUGUUGUUGAGCUGUUCUUGGGACUUCCAUUAUUCCCGGGUUCUUCGGAGUACAACCAAGUCUCACGGAUAACAGAAAUGCUGGGACUGCCGCCGACGUGGAUGCUGGAAGUUGGCAAGCAGUCAGGAGAGUUCUUCGAAAAAGUGCAUGACGAGUUCGGGCGAAGGACUUACAGACUCAAGUCAAUGGAGCAAUAUUCGCGAGAGCAUGGAACGAAAGAGCAGCCAAGCAAAAAAUACUUCCAGCAAACACGACUACCGGACAUCAUUCGGGCCUACCCCAUGCCAAGGAAGGGCAUGAAGCAGAACGAGAUGGAACGAGAAAUGGCCAAUCGUGAAGCCUUCAUUGACUUCGUUCACGGCCUCCUCAACAUAAAUCCGCUCGAACGAUGGACUCCUCAACAGGCACGAACUCAUCCCUUCAUCACACAACAAAAGUUCACCGGACCUUUCCAGCCAAGGAUGGAUCUGAAGCCAACAUCAAGAUCACCGGCACCGGGCGUGCAGCAACAACAGCAAGCUGAGGCUAUGUCCAGGCAAAGGCAGCAGCAAGCACAGGCUGCUCAAGUGCAGCAAGCCGCCAACGCUGCAUAUGCCAAUGCCAUGCAUGGCAUGACUCCUGGCUACCCGAACAGUCCUGCCGUUGCGCAACAGCAACAUCAACAGGCAAUGUAUCAAAACAUGUAUAGUCCGAGCCAGCAAGGAGCGCCGCCACCAUAUCCUGCCAACCCUCCCGUGCAGACAGCCUAUGGACAGCAAGUACCCAUGAUACAACAACCACCUCCUGCAGCGGGCAUGCAUCCCUACGCACAGCAGCCUCAGCAGAACUUAUAUGCGCAAGCCACAACACGUGCCGGGCGGCAAAGGGCGAGCACAAUGGAUGGCAACGGUAACGUCAACGGCAUCCCGUCGGCUCUGCAACGCGUCGUAAGCCACCUGGAUCCAAACCAACCGAUUCGAUUGCAGCCCAGUCCUGCGUAUUAUCCUCCGCCGCAGGAUGGACAACCCGCGAGCGAAAUGGGUAGCAUUGGAUCUCGAAGGCGGACAAGUCGAGCAGGUGGCAACGGCCGCCAAGGCGGGCAAGGGCAGGAGCGCAACUUUGUCCGAAUGCUGGAAGAUCGAACCUUGGAGGAAGGAUGGAAUGGAAACAGUGCUCAACCAUGGCCGGGCAGCAACGUGUGACGAGUCGGUUAUGUGCAGAAUGGUACGACGAGAUGAAUCGACGUUUCGCGAGGACUUCUAUUUCAAAUUUUACCUCCCGCCGAGGCAUCCAAGACAGAACAGAGAGCACAGCAGGCAGGAUCCUGAUGAACCGCUGUCGAGGCCCAUUCUUCUACUGCGUCCAGCUCGGAAACGCGAUGAAACCAAGCUAUCCUUUGGCGUAUCCGGGGCGCGCGGCUUCCAUGCGUUGUUAUCAAUACCGAGCUCUCGUACGAUGCUCCGCAACACAUCCAUUGAAUUUGGUCUUUCGUGUUCUUAUCCAGAAAAAGGUCAAGGAGGUGGCUAUGUCGAAAACGCGGCCACGCACGGGCCCCGAGCAAGUGGAUCCAUCUGUCUAACCAGGCUAUUUCAGAUGAGGGCGCAAAAGACCUGGCACUGGCACCAGUGCACCACAUACCUCGAGCUAUACCUUCUUUCGCGCAGGAGAGGUCACAUGUUGGUUGCGGCUGACGUGGAAGGGUGCUGUAACGCUUUUGCUGCUGCUGCUGCUGCUGCUGCCGCUGCUAUCAUUGGAAGGUUGCGCUGAAGAAGUCUUCCUUCUUGGUAAAUCUUGUUAUCAAUUCACGGACGAGUUCAAAGUAUUGCAGCUUCACGCCUUCGGAUGAACUGGGACUUUCUGAGUGCAUCCGCCGGGCUUUCGUGCACGCACGAGGCCGAUGAGGGCAAGAGAGAGUUCGGGCCAAAGAGCAUCGUUGGAGCAUAGCGUCGAAAAUGUGUCCUAUAUUUAGUUCCCGUUCUUCUCGCGAGCCUUUGAAAGCAAAACUUGGAUUUCACGAAUGGGCAAGAAAGAACUCAAUCAGUGGUGACAGCGAAUGCUAUUUGAUGGUCUUGAAGGCUGAU